GUUUUUUUAUCUCCAAAAUGAAAGGCAUACUUUUAGUCCUUUUAAUAUUAUUUUUCAUUGCUACACCUACGUUGUGUGCUAGAGUAAUGCUUGAUGCAGAUUCUAGCUUCGAUGUUGUUAGCUACGGUGCAAUAGGGGAUGGUCAGACUGAUGAUUCACAGGCCUUUGAGAAAGCAUGGCAAACUGUUUGUGGUGCAACUCAAGACACCACAACACUUCUCAUACCUGAAGGGAAAACAUUCUUGUUGCAACCCAUUUUAUUCAAGGGUCCUUGCAAAAGCAACACUAUUAACAUUGAGUUUCAGGGAACUGUCAUCGCUCCAAAAAAUCCUGAUUCUUGGAAAUGGGGUACUGAUCUUAGUAGGUGGGCAUGGGUGAAGUUCCAGGGAAUAAGUAACCUUAUCAUCCAAGGAGGAGGAACAAUUGAUGGCCAAGGUUCUUCUUGGUGGAACCAAUACUCUAAGGAUGAAGAAGAGGACGGGCCAAAAAAACCAACUGCACUUCAAUUCAUUGAAUGUAAGAAUCUAAAGCUUAAGAAUUUAACUCACAUCAACAGCCCACAAAAUCAUAUUAGCAUAGCUUCAUGCAGUGACUCUAGCGUCUCCAACGCUCAUAUUAUUGCCCCAGAGAAAAGUCCAAACACUGACGGGAUUGAUAUCUCAGAAUCAUCUAACAUCCUCAUUGAGAAUUCAAAGAUUGAAACGGGAGAUGACUGCAUUGCCAUUAAUAGUGGUUCUACCUUCAUCAACAUAACCGGUGUUACAUGUGGUCCUGGCCAUGGCAUAAGUGUGGGCAGCCUUGGACGAAAUGGAAAGUAUGAAACAGCAGAAGAGAUACAUGUGCAUAAUUGUACCUUCAUAGGGACUCAAAAUGGAGCUAGAAUCAAGACAUGGAUGGGAGGAUCUGGAUAUGCAAGAAAGAUAAGAUUUGAAGAUAUUAUACUUGUUGGAGCAAAGAACCCUGUGAUCAUUAACCAACACUAUGAAGAUAAUGAAUAUAGUGGUCUAAACACGGCAGUGCAAGUGAGUGAUGUGACUUAUGAGAAUGUGAGAGGAACCUCGGUUUCUGAUGAUGCAAUCACAUUGAAUUGCGACGCUAAAGUUGGCUGCACCAAUAUUGUGUUCAAUAAUAUUAACAUAACCUCUACAACUGGAGGGGAAGAACAUGUGUCCUGCAAUUACGCAAGCGGCAAAUGCUCUAUGAGUAAUCCAAAUGUCACAUGUCUUUAUGGACAAUAACAAAGGUUUUGAUGUAGCUAUGAAAUGCUGAAAUAAAAAUCUAUGUAUGAAAUGUUUG